AUGACUGCUGCCACGAACCACGCGAAGAUGCGAGAACCAGCAGAGGAGGAAAAACAAGGAGAACAUAAUGAAGAAGAAGAAAAAGUCAUGUCAGUAAAAGUUGCGGUGAUGGUCCGACCAAUGCUUGAGGAAGAACUCGUGGACGGUAACGACAUUGCGAUAUUCGCGGACGAAGAGAAGCAAAGCAUAUCCUGCGCAACAUCCGACCACACGUUCACGUACGACCACGUGUAUAGCGGAGAAGAUAAGAAGUCUGAAAAGAAAUUAUACGAUAACUGCGUUGAACCGCUUGUUUCUGGUUUACUUAACGGUUUGAAUGGUACGGUAUUGGCGUAUGGGCAAACCGGAAGCGGGAAGACGUAUACGAUGGGAACGAGCGCGGGGGCUACGUUUGGGGUCGUGCCCAGAGUCGUUAGAGCCUUGUUCGAGGAGAAGGAUAAAAUUACAGAGAGUGGAAGUACAGAUACGAUUUCCAUUCGCGUUGGCUUCGUAGAGAUUCAUAAGGAAGAGAUUCGGGAUUUACUCUCCUCUUCGUCGACGGCCUCAAAGAAACUGGUACAAACUGUCAUCACGUUACGUGAGAAUGCCAACGGAGGGAUAUGCUUAAAUGGAGCGAGCGAAAUUGAGGUGAAAGAUGAAAGCGAAAUGGCCGAGUUGCUUUCGUCAGGAGCGAAAACGCGAGCGACUGGUUCGACGAACAUGAACAAGACGUCGAGCCGAAGUCACGCAAUUUUCACAAUCUAUCUCGAACGAAGGAGCACAUCACCGGAGUCGUCGAGCGAAGUCACGUUGGCAAAGUUGCACUUGGUCGAUCUUGCUGGGUCUGAAAGGCAAAAGCGAACGAAAGCAGAAGGAAAGAGGUUACAAGAGGGUAUCGAUAUUAAUAAAGGACUAUUAGCGCUCGGAAACGUGAUUUCGGCUUUGGGCGAUGACACGCGUCGAGCCGCGAAUGGACACGUCCCAUACCGAGACUCGAAGUUAACACGCGUGUUGCAAGACUCAUUGGGAGGGAAUUCGCAAACUGUCUUUAUUGCUUGCGCGUCUCCAGCAGAUUCAAAUGCUGAAGAAACACUCAAUACUUUGAAAUACGCGAACCGUGCUCGCAAUAUUAAAAAUAUGGUGCGUGAGAAUAAAGAAGAAGCGUCGACAGCUGAACUUUCCCGGUGUAAAGCACAACUUGCAGCGAUGCGGUCGCAAGUUAUCGCGUUAACGCAAGCUUUGAAUAAAGCAAAAGGUGGCGAUGGCGAAGUAAAAGAGGACGAAGUAGUUGUAGUUUCUGAUGAACUUUCUGGGAAACUCGCCGCGUCGGAAAGAGAAGUUCGAAGGUUAAAAGCAGAACUCGCCUUUGCCGAAGAAGCUCAGCAAGAAGCAUCGGAGAAAGAGUUACUGGCAAUUACUGAAAGAGAUGCCCUGAGAGUGGCUUUGGAGAAAGCUGGAGGUAUCGAUCCAACGACAGCAGGUUGUAUAAGCAAAGAAGCCGAGGACGACGAUACUGGAAUUUUCCGUGGGUACAACGCGACCAUUCAAGCACUGCGAGCGGAAGUGAAGAUUUUGAGACGACAGGUAAAACGCAAUUUAGAAAGCGAGGAUGAAGAAUACAAAACACAAUGCAUCUCAGAGCGCGUCGACGAGGAGGGAGAGGAGGAAGAGGAGGAGGACAUCGACAACGACUACGACGAGGAAGAGCAAAAUCAAAACGAGCUUGACUCUGUUGAAAAGACUUUGCGGAUGAAAGAGAAGCGGAUGUUAGAACUCGCAAAGAAAGCUGGAACAAACAGCAGCGCGGACGAGUUGCGAAAACGUUACGAAGAGUUAGUAGAAGAAGUUGAAAAUGAAAGAAAGUUGCUUGUGGAGGAGCGAGAGCGCGUUCAUCAAGCGGUUCUGAAAGCGAAAUCUACCGGUGGUCAAGUGUUGCAGAAAAGAGUCGAGAAAGAGCAAGGUGGGAAGUUAAAAGAAUUGGAGAUGAAGCUUCAAGGAUUACAAAAGCAGUUGAAGUCGCAUAAAGAGACGCUUCGGGCGAAAGAGCAAUCUGAUAUGAUGCAAAAGCAGCUGAAAAACGAUAUUUUGCAGCUGAAACGGUCUCGCGUCGAGUUGGUUCGAAAGAUGGAAGAAAAGACAAAGGAGCGCAUAGCAAAACAGCGAGAAACCGAAAAAGCGCUGAUGCAGGCAAAGAAAGAAGGAUUGAAAAUGCAGCGCGAAGCUCAAAAGUUCAAGAACCAGUCCGAAAAGCAGUCGUUGGUGUUGAAAAGACGAACGGAAGAAGCGCAGGCUGUGAAGAAAAGAUUAAACGACCUUCAGAUGAAAGGAAGAAUACAAUCACACACGGCCUCCAGUUUAGCUAACGUCCGAUCUCCGAUACGGAAGAACAACACAAAUGCUCCUGCAAAUGAUUUAAUCAAAUCUGCGUCAUUGAGCACUCGUCGCAAAUGGGUCGAUGCGGAAAUUAAAACCGCUGCUACCCGACUAGCAAUGCGUGAGAAACUUGACGAACUCUACGCACUUCGAGCGAAGGGAGACACGACUGUAUCGAACGAAUUAAUCGCUGAAAUCAACGAAAAAGUCACGCGAGCGGAUGAAAUAGAAGACAAAACUGGCGGUGUAGCACGGCGUUGGGCUGGCGUUAGAGCUCUCGGUGAAGCUCGGCAGCUGCUCCAGCUUGUUUUCAACGCUGCUGUCAAGGCGGAGAAAAAAUCUCUGAAAAUCGAGGAUGUUUCUGCAAAUGAAACGCAUAGCUCUCUGGACACACAUGUUAAUGGUAAAACAGAAAAAGAUUCUAGAAGAGGAGGAGGAGAAGAAGAAGAAGUGAUGAUUAACGAGGAGUUGUAUAAAGAUGUCCCAGCAUUGGAAGACACUACUCCUCAGCGUCGCAAAUUUGUGGGCACGGAAAAAUCUCCUGCAUCUCAACAGUAUAUUUCUUCCGCCGAAGAUAGCGACGGUGAAGAGGAAAUAGAAUCGACUGAAAAUGACGAUCCAGACUAUACGCCCGAAACGCCUGAGAGGACAUUAUUGAAGGAAAAUAGCGUCGGUUUCGCGACGCCUUUGAAUUACGUCUUUCGGAAAGCUGCGACUUUUUUUGGUCGUGGAGCAGAUGCGAGAGAGCCGCUUCAAGAGAAUAAUAACAUAUAG